UUCUUGGCCCCAAUUUCCUCAUAUAAAUACUCUGUAAAAUUCCCUCUUCUUCUUCAUCUUGAUUUCUUCCACCUGAAAAACCAUUCUCAUAAUUCUCACCGGAAAAAAAUGGAUACACUCGGAGACGGCGGCGGAAGCGCCGUAGUAGCCUACCGUCCUGCAACCGGAACAGGCUUCGUCGAUCUAAACACCGCCACUAACUACAUUCUCCAAAAAGUAAUCGGAACUUGCGAUUUCAAUUUCAUCUACAAAGCUUGCUACUUCACAUUCGAAAGCAUCCUCAACGACAGUAUCCUCCCUACCGGUUACGCCACUGUCAAGUACAUUCGACCCGGACAUGAAGUCCUUCAGAGCACAUAUGCGAAACAAUCGAUCCCGAAUUCAAACAUUAUUCACGUCAAGGAUUGGCCUAUUCAUCAAUUCAGAGAAGGAUUCUGUUUUGCAAUGCCUUAUAUGUCUGAAGGAUCGCUUCGUUACAUUCUGUCAACUCGAUUUCACUAUGGAUUACCGGAAGAUUGUAUUGCUAUUGCUCUUAAACAAGCGCUUCUGGGUUUGUCUGAUCUUCAUAAUUCGGGUCGGGUUCAUAAAUGUUUCAGUGCUGGGAAUAUCUACGUUAAUUUCAAACCGAAUCCUGUACCGAAUGUCGAAAUCAAAUUGGGAUUUGCAGCAACGAUUUACGAAUCGGAUCUGGAAACUCCUUUUGUUAUUGAACACGGAGUAAAACCUGGCGAUCAAAUAAAACCUCCUGGUGGACCUUCGACUCCAGAACUAUGCACGUUGGCAGAAUGGGCUGCUGCGCCGGAGAUAUUCUAUGCAAAAGAUUAUUAUGAUUCUGAUGAUGCCAAUCUAAAUCCAGCUCAACCAUCUCUACUUCAAGAUGAUUUUGACUACACUAUUAAAUCCGAUAUCUGGCUAGUCGGGAUUGCAGCAUUGGAAUUAGCCUAUGGAAAUUUAAGAAUAAGCAAUCGCGGAGAAUUUGAGGCUCUGAUCAAGAAGAUAAAGAGGUCGAAGAUAUUGCCAGAUAAGUUGGAAUAUCUUCUUGAGGAGAUUCGUGUAGAAGAAGGGAAAGGGAAAAUGAAGAAAGUUGUGGGAUAUUUUAAGGACAAGCUGAAGUUAGUGAAAAAUAAAAGAGAAAAGAAGUUUUCGAAAGAUUUUGAGAAGUUGGUGUUGGAUUGUCUUUCUAGUAAGCCAUCAAAGAGGCCAUCAGUUCAAAAUCUACUGCACAGACCAUUUUUUCGGUAUGCUAAGGACCUAAAAUGGUUUAAACGUCGCGUGUUGCAUGCUAAGAAUCCAAUGCCCUAUUGCUGAUUGACUGAUGAUAAACAAUUGAAGACUUGGUGAGAUGAAUAAUUUGUGUAAGAUCAAGAUCAUGUAAAUAUAUUGCCCAUUCAUACUGUAAUAGUUCAUGUUCAAUAUUGUGCAAUCAACAAGUAAAGAAUCAAAGAA